AAAAAAUUAUUGUUUCUCCAAAAAAAUAACAAUUAAAACCUUGAACCAAAAUAUUGAGCAGCUCCAUCAAAUCAAAAUCCAGGCACCGCCGCUUCGCCCGGAAAACGCAACCGUCAUCGGAGACCAGAAACAGUGGCGGCGAACUCCACUUCAGUGAUUCUUGCUGAAGCGGUAUCUUGAUAGUAAAGGUUCAUAGCUGGUGCUGGAGCAACAAUGGGUAUAAUUAGGGGUUGCUUCUCUUUUAUAGCUGGAACAGUUUGUGGAGUUUAUGUGGCUCAGAAUUAUAAAGUACCUAAUAUUGCUAAGCUGGCGGAUACUGUCUUGUUCAUGGCGAAAAUCACUGAGGAAACAUACAGAAAGCCCAAGAAGAAGGAUGACAACGAUGAAUGAUUAGUUCCUACUUGAAUCAGGAUUUCUUUGGAAGCAAGCAAUAGGAGAAUCUGGAGGUAGAGGAAAAAGUGCUAAAAAAACCCAAAAUCCCAAAUUGGGAAAGACUUAAUUUUGUCAUUCUAACUAUAUUUUUUCUCUUUCCAUCUUUAAAAAUAUAAAUAUUUUCAUUUUUAUAAUACACAUUUUAUACUCCAAUGCUUUGUUUACAUCUCUUAACUCAAAUUAAUGUGCUAGAAUAUUAAUGGAA